AUGAACACAGUGAAAAACAUUUUACAAGAGAAGCAAAAUCUAAAUGCCAUACCCUAUUAUGCUGACAGACAACCGCCAGGCCCCGACACACCACAGCCAGGCCUCGACAUACCACAGGCAGGCCUUGACACACCACAGCCAGGCCUCGACAUACUACAGCAAGGCCUCGAAACACCACAGCCAGGCCUCGACAUGCUACAGCCAAGCCUAGACACACCACAGCCAGGCCUCGACACACCACAGGCAGGCCUUGACACACCACAGCCAGGCCUCGACAUGCUACAGCCAAGCCUAGACACACCACAGCCAGGCCUUGACACACCACAGGCAGGCCUAGACACACCACAGCCAGGCCUCGACACACCACAUCCAGGCCUCGACACACCACAGCCAGGCCUCGACAUGCUACAGCCAAGCCUAGACACACCACAGCCAGGCCUUGAUACACCACAGCCAGGCCUCGACACACCACAGCCAAGCCUAGAAACACCACAGCCAGGCCUCGACAUGCUACAGCCAAGCCUAGACACACCACAGCCAGGCCUUGAUACACCACAGCCAAGCCUCGACAUCUUAAGUUGA